AUGAAUUCUUUUUCUAGUAAAACUAAUAUAAGAAGUACAAAAUCUGAAGUCAUUAAAAAACCUAGGGAUAAUUUAAUUGAAAAUGAAAAAGAAAAUAACUUUAGUAAUAGCAGUUAUCUGCUUCAAAAAAAAAAUCUAAAUAUAAAUUGUGAUUUAGGAAAAUCAGAACUUAAUAAUUGUAACAAUACAUAUAAUGGCCAAUUUCUUUACUCAAAUCAAAAUUACAAUGAUGCAAGCUCAACUAGAAACAUUUAUAAUAAAAUAAAAUUACCUCGAUCACAAUCUAUUAAUAUUUCACCACCUAUAUCAAUUAAAACAUCAAACUUAUACAGAAACAAUGAUGAUAAAUUAUCAUGUGCUUCCUUUUAUACAUCUAAAAAAAAAAAUUUAGAAAAAUUUUCAAUUCCUGAAUCUACUGACAGUUUUAAAACGCAAGCUAAUUCUCAGAUAGUAGAGCAAUCAAUAGAAUUGCUAAAACAUUUGAUUAACCAGGAUAAAGAUGAUAUUUCUCAAGAGAAUGAUACGAAAGAUAAAUUAUUGUUUAAGUUAGUUGAUAGAAUGAAAAAAUAUGAUAAUAAAUCAGAACAUACCCAAGAAGAAUACAAGCAUUCUCUUGAUUUAUAUAAAAAAAAAAUAGAUAUGUUAAAUUUAAAAUUUCUUAAAUUAAGAAAUGAAAAUAAUCACUUAAAUAACGAAAAUAUUAUUCUUAAAACACAAUUAAAAAAUAUAAAAGGCAGUUAUAAUAGUAUUAAUCAUAAUAUUGGAAACAUCUCAAAUUCCAGGGAAAGAAUAAAAAAAGAAGUAUUAGAAAACAAAAAUCAAGAAAUGAAACCAGAUGAAAUUGAAGAAAUGAUAUCAAAUAAAUCAGCUAAUAAUAAUUCACAGGUAACUACUUCCCAUUAUUCCAAAAAAAAAUUAGUAGAUAAUGAAGUUCAAACAGAAAGCUAUUUAGCAAAUCAUAGUAAUUCUUUAGAUGCAUAUAGAGGAACAUCAUUUAUAACCAAUAAAGAAAAUAUUUUAAAUGAAAAUCUCUUAGAUGGAAAUAAUAUUAAUAAAAUUAGAGAACAAAUUAAAAAGGAAGUUACUGAAGAGAUUACUAAUAAAUUAGAAAAAAAAUAUAAAGAAGAACUUCUUAAGAUGAGAAAAUCCCCCUCUUUUGGUAGUAUAAGUGAUACAGAAGAGUCUUCAUUGGAUAGCAUUUUUAAUAAAUUUAGAAAUCAAUUAGAUGAGCAAAUAAAUGAAACUAUUAACAAUUAUAAAAAUAAUUUUAUUGAUAAUUUUAAAGAUUUGCUGAAUAUAACUAAAGGAAAAGAAAAUAAUGCACAUGAGCUGGAUAAAGAUGGAGAAAUAAAUAAAAAUGAAAUAAAUUUUUCUAUAGACUCUACUAAUGAUAAAAUUAAUGAUUGUAUAAAUGUGAUUGAAAAAAUUACUAAAAUAAAAAAAGACAAAAAAAAAAAAGAAGAAAAAAUAAUUAAUGACAGAAAAAACUUAAUUCAAGUAUUAAAUAAUGUAAACAAAGACAUAAAUAAUAUAGAUGAUAUGAUAUAUAAUAUUAAUGCAAAUAUAUAUCAAAAUAAUUUUUUUAACUUUGAAGAAAACUAUCCAGAAGAAUUAAGUAUUAUAAACAAGAACAUUUCUGAAAGUGACGAUGAGGAAGAUGAAAUAAAAAGUCACAAAUCUUUCACAAAUAUUAUAAAUAAUAAUGAUGAAUAUACUAAUGAAAAUAAAAAUAAUAUAAAUUCGAAUAUUGACUUUUAUCAAAAUGAUGAAUUAAAAUAUAAUAAAGCGAAUUAUAUUACAAAUAGAGAAAGAAAAUUAGAUAAUUCACUAACGAAUUAUAAAAUAGAGAGCGUAAUUGAUGGAACAGUAAAUGAUAAUUAUAUUCAAGAAAAUAAUAUUAAAAGUGAUGAAAAAUGUUAUGAUAAUGUGAUAAAUAAAAAUAUAAAUAAUAAUGAUUAUUUUAUUACUCCUCAAAAAAGCUUAGAUGAAAAUAAGGGGAAUAUAAUUGAUAAUACUUAUAAAAAAAUAGAAGAUUAUAACAAAAAUAAAAUACAUAAUAAUAAAAAAACUAAGGGAGUAAGCUCCAGUUUAAGUGAUAAUAAUUUAAAUAUUAAUAAUAAUAAAAAAAAAAAAAAUAGUAAUGAAUCUUUAAAUGGAAAUCUAACAAAAAGCAUAGAAAAUGUUGAGAAUGUAAUUGAUAGAACAAAAAAUAAAUUGAAAAAUAAUAUUUCUGAUAAAAAAUUAAAGAAAAAAAAUUUAAGUGAUAAUUUUAGUAAUAAUAUAGAAUUAUGGAAAAAAAAUGAUAAUGAUAAUUUAAAUGAAAAUGAAGUAGAUUUUUAUAAUAUGAUUAAUUCACCAAGCAGCGUAAGAAUUGAAAAGAGUAAUAUGAAUGUUAUUACUAAUAAUAUAAGUAAUGAGAAUAAAAAUAAUUAUAUAAAUUUCAAUCCAAAUAUUGUAUCAAAUGAAAAUAAUGUAUAUGGUGUAAAUCAAUCUGCACAUAUUCCUAAGGAUGAUAAAAUGGAAGAAUUUCAGCCAAAUGCAUACAAUAAUGAUGGUAAUAAUCAUAUAUUUAAUGUUAAUGUAGAUGGAUUAAGUUAUCAGUUGAAUAAAAAUUCAUUAAAUAAUGCUAAUAUAAAUAAUAAUAUCAAUAACUGUAAUAAUAUAUGUAGUAAAGAUUAUAACUUUAAUAAUUAUUAUAAUGAUAAAGACAAUAUGAAAUGUGAGAAUAGUGAAUAUGAUAACGGUAACUAUUAUAAUAAUGAAACUAGAAAUAUUGUUGAUGAUAAUAAUUGUAAUGCUGUAGAUAACUCAGAUUUAUAUAAUUAUAAUUUAACAAAUGACCAUAAUUUAUGCAAUUUUGAAAAUAAUGUUUGUAAUAAAAAUACAGAAAAAAAUUUAGUAAAUUGUUCUAUUUAUUCAUAUCACCCCUUGCUCAAUAAAAAAGAUAAUGUUCAUUAUACUAAUAAGAAUAAUGAAAAAAAAAAAAGUGAACAUGAAAAUCCAUAUAUGAAAGCGAUGAAUGAACAAAUUCAUCCUAAUAAUAAUUCAAGAUUUAGAGAAAAUGAUGAUAUAAAGAAAAAAGGUAAAAGUUUCAAUAAUGAAAAAGAAAAUAAUGUAAAGUAUCCUUUUAAAAAGUUUGAAUCAACAGAAGAAUUAAUUCAUUUUGAUGAUACACAAAUUAAUGAUAGUUUAAAACAAAAGGAAAAAAACCAAAAUAUUACUAAUAAAGAAACAAAUAAUAGUUUCACAUAUGAUAAUGAUAAUAACAAUAAUAAUAAUAAUAUAAACACUACACAUGAAAUUUCUAAAUUAAAAAGAAAUGAUAAAAAUUAUGACGAUAUAGAUUAUUUAAAUAAAAUAGUUGAAAAUAAUAAUAAUGAAUGUAAUUUAAAUAAUUUUGAAUUAGACGAAAAUGUAAGAUUAAAUAAUUAUAAAAAUUAUGGAUUCUUAAAAAAAAAAGAUUCUUAUAAUUCUAGGGAAGAUGAAACUACAAAUAAUAAGUAUAAUUUAUUUUAUGAUUUUAAUAAUGAAAAUAAUAAAAAUGAUUAUAUAAAAGAAUACAGUAAUCUCCAAAUAGAUGAUUCAUCAAAUAAUAUUCUUUCAAAUUAUUAUAAUAAAAAUUCCAAUUUAAGAAGAGUUAAUAGUACUACUAUCAAUACAAAUAAAAACAACACUAAUGAUGUGUGUCAAAAAAAUAAAAUAAAAUUAAAUACAAGAAGUGAAGUUCAUUAUAAUUUGUCUAAAUCACAAAAAACAAAAACAAAAAAAAAUUUAGAAGAUCUUUUCUCAUAG